AUGUACACUGGAUAUGUUAGUCUCUACGAAGACUAUACGCAAAAACAAGCAGGUAAAGGGGAAAAGAAAACAAUAACGAAAGGCAAAGGCAAAGCGCUAGUCGUACGCGCUAGCGACAACCUACGCGGCAAAGCCCACGCGAUCAAGUCGCCUGGCCUUCAACCGAUGACCAUGCAGGAGUAG